AUGAAGUCAUGUGUGAAUACUCUAACUGCAAUUGGCUACCUUAGUGAGAUUAACAGCUCCGAUAACUUGAGACGCAUUGCAGAAAGACUUCCCCACAACCUCAAAUCUAAAUGGCUCUCCAGAACGAGAUCUCUAAGAUCGGUUUCAAUCAGACCUGGAAUACAGGACUUAUCAGACUUCGUGCAAGAGCAAGCUGAUGAGAUAAACGAUCCUGUCUUUGGUGACAUCGUGGCAACCAAAGUAAGAAGUAAAGAAGGACCGUUAAGACGCAUCCGCGAGAAAUCCACCUUGCAAUCUAAUCGCAACGUUACAACUAUGAUGACACAAGUCCAACAAGGAACGCAAGACGAAAGCCAAACAAAGCAAAGACGAAAAUGGAAUUGUCCCGCCUGCAACGGACCUCACAACCUMCAAAGAUGYUUUAAGUUUAAAGAUAUGUCAAACGACGAAAGAGUCGGGAUCCUGAGAAAAGACAGCAUUUGCUUCAACUGCUUUCACAAGGGCCACUUCGCUGUUGGAUGCGCACAACCACCAGCAUGUACUGUUGAAAACUAUAAAGAAUCAGAAUGGCAAGUUCGUCGUUCUAAUGUUUCCUUGUGCGACGAACAGUUGCUGACAGACUUAAAUAUUGAUGCCACAGAAAGAAGAAUUUCCUUGACGACUCAAGAGAAGAAGAAUAGCUUAAGAGUUGGAAGGGAAACGUCUCUCACGGUCGAAGCCAUAGACAGUACUUCAGCUAUCGACAUCCCSACAGUUUGGGCCAUUGAACYUCUAAAUGUAUCAGAAAGCAGUAUCCCUACCAAGAGAGAGAUUGAGAGCUGGYCACAUUUACAGGACAUUGGAACUCAACACGUACCUAUCGAUCGCAAGGUUAAACUACUUAUUGGCUGCAAUGUACCAGAAGCGUUCUACGUCCUUGAYGAAAGAAAGGGAAAUCCAGGAGAACCAUACGGUGUACGUACUCCUCUAGGAUGGACAGUACUCGGGCCAUCAGAGAAGGUAUUAAGCCAAGAACCUGCUCAAGUCCAUUUUAAUUACGUAGAAAACACUGUGUGCGACCAAGCCUACUAUGAAGACACUAAACUUACAGUACAGCUAGAGAAGUUUUGGAAGUCUGACUUCGGGGAUCCUUUGACGUGURACAAGCCGUGCAUGUCCAUUGAUGAUUCCAAAGCCCUCGAAAUCAUGGAAACAACUCUGAAGAGAGUCCAAGGACACUAUCAGAUGGCACUUCCCUGGAAAAAUUGGUGUCCAUGUAUGCCAAACAACAAGAUGCUAGCCGAACAUAGAUUGAACCUCCUAAAGAAAAGGCUCUUAAAAGAUGAUGAUAUUUGCAAGAAGUAUUGUACGACCAUCAACGAGUAUAUCAACAAAGAAUACGCAGUAAGAGUUCCUGUAGAAGACCUGGAAGUAACAGAUAGACCAGUUUGGUUCCUGCCUCAUCAUGGCGUCCUCAACCCUCAAAAGCCGGAAAAACUUCGA